AUGGAAUCGUGUCUGUGGAAUCGUGUCUGUGGAAUCGUGUCUGUCGAAUCGCUUAGGUGGAAUCGUGUCUGCGGAAUCGUGUCUGUGGAAUCUCGUCUGUGGAAUCGCGUCUCUGAAAUCGCGUCUCUGAAAUCGCGUCUAUGGAAUCGUGUCUGUGUAAUCGCGUCCUUGGAAUCGCUUAUGUGGAAUCAUGUCUGCGGAAUCGUGUCUGUGGAAUCGCGUAUCUGA